AUGGGUCUGCUAAGUGUGGAUUUGCUGAUCACGCUUCAGAUCUUGCCGGUCUUUUUCUCCAAUUGCCUUUUCCUUGCGCUGUAUGACUCUGUGAUCCUCCUGAAGCACAUGGUGCUAUUUCUGAGCCGGUCUAAGUCUGGGCGCGGUGAGUGGCGGAGGAUGCUGACCUCGGAGGGGCUGCGCUGCGUCUGGAACAGCUUCCUCCUGGACGCCUACAAGCAGGUCAAACUGGGAGGAGAAGCCCCAAACUCCAGUGUAAUCCACAUAGCCAAGGGCAGCGAUGGCAGCAGUAGCAGCUGGGAGAGCGUCAGUGGCAAGUGUGGAACCAAAUGCCACCUUCUGGAUUUUGCCAACUCCGAGCGGCCGCUGGUGGUCAACUUUGGUUCAGCGACCUGACCGCCGUUCACGAGCCAGCUGUCAGUCUUCAGCAAGCUGGUGGAAGAGUUCUCUGGUGUGGCUGACUUUCUGUUGGUCUACAUCGAUGAGGCUCACCCAUCAGAUGGCUGGGCUGCCCCUGGAAUCUCUCCCUCUUCGUUUGAAGUCAAGAAACACAGGAACCAGGAAGACCGAUGCGCAGCUGCUCACCAGCUCUUAGAGCGCUUUUCCUUGCCACCUCAGUGCCAAGUGGUGGCUGACUGCAUGGACAACAAUGCCAAUGUGGCCUAUGGGGUUUCAUUUGAGCGAGUAUGCAUUGUGCAGAGACAAAAAAUUGCCUACCUGGGAGGCAAAGGCCCCUUUUUCUACAAUCUGCAGGAGGUUCGGCUUUGGCUGGAACAAAACUUCAGCAAAAGAUGAAAUCCAUCCUCUGCAGAAGCUGUGUCAACAGAUGUGUCCCUUUAA